AUGGAUGUGUUACUGCAAUCAAGUCCUGACACUGAAUCAGUCGACAGCAUAACAAAAAACAAUGUAUUUUUUAAUCUGACAAUAACCUUAAUAGAACAGAAAUGGUCACCCAGUCCCGACCCAGUCAGCAAUGAGGUCAGAGAGAUGUUUAGAAAAGUUGUGCUUGUCUUUAUCUGCGGAACUGUGAGUUUGUUUGGAAUUGGCGCAAACGUUACCAAUAUUGUCGUCUUUAUUAGACAGGGAUUUAAAGACAGCAUCAACAUCAGUUUGUUAGGUAGGAUAACAAGUCUCGUCACCGCCUUCAUCACUCUGGAGAGAUGUCUCUGCGUCACCAUCCCUCUCAAAGUUAAAGAUGUCAUUACGCCUUUCAGAACCAAGUUCUUCAUCCUCUCGUUCUUUAUCGUCAUGAUCGGUCUCUUCGCGCCCUUCUACUUUGUCAAUCAACUGGCCUGGGCUCAUAACCCACUGCGAAACACAACUAUUUUAAGCCUUGCAUUCUCGGAAAACAAG